UUCUCUUUUCCCUUAUAAUUUUUUAUUAUUCAAAAUCUCUUGAAAUGAUUAUUUUUAAAUGCCUUUGCUCUAUUACGAUAUCGAAAGAAUAUAAAAUAGGAUGCGGUGAUAUGACUGAAAGCAAUGCAAAUGACGCCGCAUGACCCGCAUCGGCCAUGGUGGCUGCAGUUAAAACUUUCGUUCUCAGCCGGUCGAAAAUUGCACCCUUUUGAAAUCUCGCGCCACGGUGUCCCUUGUGUUCCAUAAAGUAACAAGUACUAUGGCAUCCGAAUUUAAGUUUGCCCCGGUUGAGACAUCAACAUCUUAUAGCGACAUAUUAGGCGACUUGGAGCGAGAAAUUAGACGCGAGCGGCCUUCCGAUGUCUUGCAAUUCUGCGCAAACUAUUUCAAUGGCAAGUUAGCUGAACAGCGAGAGGAAUUCUUGUGCCAAAGCAAUCUGGGCCCAUCAGAUUUAUCACCACAAGCAGACCAACAUCCACAUGCCGUCUCAAAUGGGCACUCUUCACCUACAUUCAAGUUUGCCCCUCCUUCUCGAUCAUCAUUCAGCUCUGACUACCCUAUGGAUCAAAGUGAAUUAGACGAAGACGAAGACGAAGAUGAAGAUGACCUGGAUCAUGAUGAAGAGCAUGAUAAAUUUUCAACGGCAGCGAUACCGUCUAUGCCUCCGCCGUCCGCAUACAAUAGAGGCCGUCGCACAUCUGUGAGCGCAGAAUCCAUUGCACCGUCACAGAAUCAAGACUAUGUGAAGACUGUCAUUCCGAAAUCCAAUGCACAAAAGUCCAGGAUUCAGACAUCCAUUGGAAACAAUUUCUUAUUCAAGAACUUGGAUGAAGAUCAGUACAACGAUGUCGUAAAUGCCAUGGCUGAAAAGCAGGUUGCUUCAGGAACAAAUGUGAUUGAACAAGGAGGUGUAGGAGAUUACUUCUAUGUAGUAGAGUCCGGUACUUUUGACUGCUUCAUUUCUAAGGACGGAGAACCUCCAAUCAAGGUCAUUUCCUAUGAAGCAGGGGGAAGCUUUGGAGAAUUGGCUCUCAUGUACAAUGCUCCACGUGCAGCAACUAUCGUUGCGACCUCAAAUGCCGUUUUGUGGGCAUUAGACCGUGUGACGUUCCGUCGCAUUCUCAUGGAAAAUACAUCACGCAAGAGGAGGAUGUAUGAAGCGUUUUUGGAAGAAGUCCCACUUCUAAGAUCACUCAAGCCAUACGAAAGACAUAAGAUUGCGGAUGCCUUGGAGUCCGUUUACUACGAAGAUCAAAAUAUUAUUGUCCGUGAAGGAGAUGUUGGAGAUAGCUUUUACAUCAUCGAAUCAGGAGAAGCUCGAGUAUUUAGAACAGGAGCUGAUGGUAGUCAACAAGAGGUGAACUAUCUGAUGCGAGGUGGAUAUUUUGGAGAGCUUGCAUUAUUAAAUGAUGCACCACGCAUUGCAACUGUACGGGCGAAUGGACGUUUAAAGUGUGCAACCCUUGGCAAGAAAGCAUUUACACGACUUCUAGGGCCUGUGCUUGAUAUCUUGCAACGCAAUUCUGAGAAUUAUCAUGCCAUCAUUAACCAACAUGGUACUUCCGGUAUACCGCAAUCAAACUAGGAUAGAAGUCACUGAUUUUGUCAAUCUCUUAUAUAUCUGUUUGCCAUUUUCCUUUGCUCUUUCUUUUGGGGUUAACCCUGUAAAGUGUAUACAUACACGUUGAUCAUUUUUGUUAUAAUUGUAAAUCACAUUGUGACAAUUAACGAAAUAGCUUUGGCUAUAGCGGCAAAAUGCUUGUUAUCGCAUGGAUAUCAUUUAAAAGACUCAUUGCUAGACAACACAAUUGAAAAAAUCUAUUUUACAGUAUCGUUC